AUGGCUACCCAUCAUCCUUCGCCUCCAGCAGGCAUGCAAUUGCAUCAUGGACCGCCAGGAGGCCCUCCUCCCCCAGUUAUGGCGCCGCAGCAACCGCAACCGCAACAACAGUGGCCUGCUGCGCAGCAGAUGGCCGCGAUGAAUGAGGCGGUGUGGCUUCAACUUGGGAGCGUCGCGGAACUCAUGGGCAAUCUUGAAGAGGCCAUGAUUGCGUAUGAACAUGCACUUCGUUGCAACCCAAGAUCUAUCCCGGCCAUGAAUGCUAUCAGCUGUAUCCUUCGUACGCAAGAGCAAUUUCAUAAGGCGGUCGAGUAUCUUCAGAAUAUUCUCAAGUUGGAUGCGAAUAAUGGUGAUGUCUGGGGAAGUCUAGGCCAUUGCUACUUGAUGAUGGACGACUUGCAACAGGCAUAUUCUGCUUAUCAGCAAGCUCUGUAUCAUCUCAGAGAUCCAAAGGAGCCCAAACUCUGGUAUGGGAUCGGAAUCCUGUACGACCGAUAUGGGUCACUGGAACAUGCCGAAGAAGCUUUUUCGCAGGUCAUGCGCAUGCAGCCAGACUUUGAAAAGGCGAAUGAGAUUUACUUCCGACUGGGUAUAAUUUACAAGCAACAACAAAAGUACCAACAGAGUCUCGAGUGCUUCAGAUAUAUAGUCUCUGUACCACCCACUCCGUUGACUGAGGAAGAUAUCUGGUUUCAAAUUGGACAUGUUCAUGAGCAACAGAAAGAUUACGAUAAUGCCAAGUUGGCCUAUAGGCGUGUGCUUGACCGAGAUCCCAACCAUGCCAAGGUCCUCCAACAGCUUGGCUGGCUGCACCAUCAACAAAGCAACAGUUUCAGUAGUCAGGAGAGUGCAAUUGAGUAUCUGGAAAAAUCUGUCAGCUCUGACCAAAGUGAUGCGCAAAGUUGGUAUCUGCUUGGUCGGUGUUACAUGUCGCAGCAGAAGUACCCAAAGGCGUACGAGGCCUAUCAGCAAGCCGUCUACCGAGACGGACGGAACCCGACAUUCUGGUGCUCGAUUGGCGUUUUGUACUAUCAAAUCAACCAGUACCGAGAUGCGCUAGAUGCAUAUUCCCGUGCGAUACGCUUGAACCCGUACAUCUCCGAAGUCUGGUACGACCUUGGGACUCUGUAUGAAUCAUGUAACAAUCAGAUCAACGAUGCGCUGGAUGCGUAUCAACGCGCCGCAGAGCUUGACCCGAGCAAUAUCCACAUCAAGGCUCGUCUCCAGCUAUUACGCAGCGGACAGAGCAAUGGCAUGCCUGGGCAGAACAGCGCGCCGCUCCCCCAAGAUGUUCAUCCCCAAGCGUAUCAAGCUAGCGGAGCCGUUGGACCCCCUGCGCCUCAAUGGGGAAAUGCGGCUCCUCAACCUCCACCUAAUGGUCCGCCCGGUGGCCCAUCAGCGAAUGGCUGGGGAAGCCGACUUGCUGAGAUCAACCCCCCACCUCAGCCUCCCAACCCUUAUGAUAGGGAGCCUGCUAGGGGUCCUAUCCCGCCUCCUCCACGUGCCCCGAGCCCCAGACAAGAGCAGCAGAUCAGGCAGUACCCAGGCCAACCUUCCGAUCGCCAGGCCCCAUUGCCGCCACCUCGUCGGUCACCCCCUCGUGAACACCACGCGUCCAUGGCCCCGUAUUCUGGACCAGGACUUGUGGCUCCUCCUCCUCCGCCACAGUCCCAAGCCCCACCACCAUCCCAGCCGCAACGAGUUUCAAAUCCUAACUACGCCGGCCCUGGACCCUCUGCGGCACUCCCCCCUGCUCCAAAUGGGAUGAAUGGCCCAGGACCAGGUCAAGCCCAAGCCCAAGGCUCCCUUCCACCCUUCGGUCGAGGUAGCAGUCCGCGACCAGAAGUAAGACCAAUCAUGGAGAAUAAUCGAAUGCCCUCACCCAAAGCUGGCUAUCCCCACCAACCUUACCAGCACCACCCAGAUAUCUCUAAUCCAGGCGGGAUCGAAGGUGGUGCUCCCGCGCCACCAUCUGCUAUGGUUGCCGAAGCUGCGGCGGCGGCGGCGGAGCGUAAUGGGGACAGGCCUGCAUCAGUGGGUCCUAAGAGGCAUCGAGAAUGGGAAGAGGAGACGUCGGUGAAGAAGCCUGCAUCCGAAGAGAAUCGGGCGCGGAUGGAUGAUCUACAUCAUCGUAGACCCUCAACCCCAUCUGGAGAGCCGUUCCGACGCAGCUCCUCUGAAGCUCGUCGCGCCGAGGAUCAACGUCGCAUUGAAGAUCAACGUCGCGCCGAUGAUCAAAGACGUGCAGAGGACCAACGCCGCGCUGAAGAGCAGCAUCGUGCGAAUGAAAAUUACCAUCCAUCUGAGGCAGCCCAUCAUCCCCCAACGCAUGGACCACCAAACCACUUGCCACCUAUGCAGCAAGGGCCUCCUCCUCCUCCAGCCCAUACUCCUAUCCACGAACAACACCAAGCACCUCCUCCACCGCCAGCUCAAAAGGAGUAUCCCGUCGACGGGCGAGAACGGGAGAGGGAACGCGAACGGCUGGAGCUUCCUCCACCACCUCCUCCGGUUGGAGAGCCUGAACGGGCUGCGCGGAAGAUGGAUGUUGACGAAGACUAUGAUGAUGAUGGUGAGGAUGAGAAGAAAGGAGGAGUAGGGUCAGCGACUGGCUCUGGGCCAGGGUCUACCUCUGGAGAGGCUAAGAUUAAUUCUCCGACUGCCGUUAAUGGACAUGUUGCGAAUGGUGUUGCGAAUGGGAUACCAAAUGGCCAGACGAAAGUAGAGGCUGCGCCUUAA